AUGUUAUCUUCAUUUCCAGUUAUUGAAGGUCUCUUCCUGCCUUGUUUCUCUGUGGACGUGGAGGGUCAACACACCAACAUAGUGCUGGUUCGAAUCUCCCAGGAGACUAGUCUGACGGCUGACCAGGUGCUGCAGAGACUCGCUCAAGUCUGUCUCGCUGAGACACAGGGUGACUGCAAAACGCCGGACGACGAAGGUGUUAUAGUAAAGGCGAUCUGUUUCAACGAGAAGACGAUCAGAAUGACGUUACACUGUCAAGUGGACGACGAACAACUGUGGCUGGCCAUCAUGAAGAUAACUUAUGUGUUCAAGGAACUUAACGCUGCCUACCCAGUUAAAACAACAAAUUAA